UCUGCAAGGAAAUAGUCCCGUGAAAUUUACUGUGCAAUUUUACCUUUAGUUUAAUAAUUUGGCUAGUUUUGAGCCUUUAUCUUUAUUUAAUUUUGCAUAUUUUUGGACAGCAGUAGUGGUUUUUGAUCAAAAUUACAAGUAUUUUGUGUGUAGAAUUUCUGUAUUCCUCCGCGACCAUAUGAGAGGGGUGGUAAGAAUUGAUGUGAACUGAAGUUAAGAACAAGAACAUAAUGAUGGAGGGUUGGUGUUAGUUUAUUGUUUCGUUCAUAAAAUUCACUUGUAAUUUGUAAAUUAGGAUGGAGUGUUCUUUUGUGUGAAGUUUUUGUGAUGUGAAAGUGUUGAAAUUUUGGAAAGCAAAAACGUUGUGUCAAGUUAAUCGUGAGUUGUAUUGAAAUCAGUGAAGUGAUAUGGUUUCUAAAUUAUCGAGUGGAAUGGGCCCGGGUCCUACCUUUACCAUAAGCAGCCAUUUGGAGUGCUGACCAGUUUUAUUAGUAGUUUUCGCAUUAUGCAGAAACGCGAUCCUAGAGAAAAUAACAAAGAAAAAGAAUCGAGUGACGUGAAUGCUAAAAGGAGACCUAGUCUAGCAGCGACAAGAACCGCCAUGCAUUCCAGUCGGCACAGUGUCUCCAGCUCUGCAGGAGUUCUUAUGGUUGGACCUAAUUUUAGAGUAGGAAAGAAAAUCGGAUGUGGAAACUUUGGAGAACUGAGAUUAGGAAAAAAUUUAUACAACAACGAGCAUGUUGCCAUCAAAAUGGAACCAAUGAAGUCCAAAGCCCCUCAGUUACAUCUGGAGUACAGGUUCUACAAACUACUAGGAACACAUGUUGGACGUUCUGGUGGAAACAGGUCAGCCAACUUCCCAGAAGGAAUGGCAGCGGUUUACACGUACGGAAAAACAAGUGAUAACCAAUAUAACGCUCUAGUCCUCGAACUGCUUGGUCCGAGUCUGGAAGAUCUGUUUAAUGUCUGUAAACGAACAUUCUCCCUUAAAACCAUCCUUAUGAUUGCCAUCCAACUCUUACACAGAAUAGAAUACGUCCACGGGAGGCAUCUUAUUUAUCGAGAUGUCAAACCUGAAAACUUUUUAAUAGGUCGAACCAGUACGAAAAAGGACAGAAUAAUUCAUAUUAUAGACUUUGGAUUAGCUAAAGAAUACAUAGAUUUAGAGACCAAUAAACACAUACCAUACCGGGAACACAAAAGUCUGACUGGCACAGCAAGGUAUAUGAGCAUCAACACACAUUUAGGGAAAGAACAAAGUCGGAGAGAUGACCUGGAGGCUCUAGGUCACAUGUUCAUGUACUUCCUCCGAGGAUCACUCCCCUGGCAGGGCCUCAAGGCGGACACUCUCAAGGAGAGGUACCAGAAGAUCGGGGACACCAAGCGAGCAACACCUAUAGAGGUGUUGUGUGAGGGACACCCAGAGGAGAUGGCCACGUACCUGAGAUAUGUCCGAAGGCUGGACUUUUUCGAGACACCAGACUACGAGUACCUACGCAAGCUGUUCCAGGACCUGUUCGAGCGGAGAGGCUUCGUCGACGAUUCUGAGUUUGAUUGGACGGGAAAAACCAUGCCAUCUAAUAUGGACGAUUUACGCCUCAUGCGCAACGCACCUCCGUCUAAUGUAGGCAAAACAAAAUCUGACAAGUCAACCCCUGUUGGAUCUUUGCAGACUGGCCAUGAAAUCGUCGUCUCACCCAACAGAGAUAGGCAUCCCACCGCAAGCAAGGACGAUGAUAUUGAUUUUGACUUUGACGAUGAAACUAUGCUGAUUUUCGAGGGUGGAGGCAAGGGAGUGGCUGCUUGGCCGGAUGUCUCCAAACAACCCUCUCACACCCUGGGUAACCUCACUCCAGCUGAUAGGCACGGAUCUGUACAGGUGGUGUCGUCAACCAAUGGAGAACUUGCCAACGACGACCCUACGGCCGGACACUCCAACACCCCUAUCACGGCACAGGCGGAGGUCGAGAUAGUGGAUGAGACCAAUGACGAUGACAAUGAGAGUAGUGAGACGGAGACACCAGAGUCCAGCGUGGCAGGGACGGGCAGUUGUUGGUCUCUGUUCCUGCGUGUUUUGCCCUGAGUAGUGUUGGUUUUGCAGGUGCUGUUGUUUCUUCAAGCGUAAGAAAAAGAAAGGCGUCCGAGGAAAGUGACUAGCCGCAGUGGUGCAAUGCAGCCCCGAACGCGAGGCCGUCACUCUACUCCGCGCGACCAGCCAGAGUAACUCGCGCGACAGCGUACUCAACCCUGCGGUAACAUGAGCCUCGUCCACAUCGAACGAGUGUCAUCGGUGUUUUAAAUUGCCACAUGUUUGAACAAGUCAUUAAAGUAUCUAGGUUAAACCAAAUUAUUGUUAGCGAAAAUGAAGAAGAAAAUGUGUAUUAAUCUAAUCGGAGCCUUUAUGAGUAUUUUAUCUGUCUAAUUAUUGUGUUCAAUAAUUUAAAUAACUUGUAUGAAUACUUUUGCUGUGCAAAUUGGUUGGAAAUUUUGAAAAUGGAUUAUGUAUUUGAAUAUUUAUUUUUUUUAACUUUUUGGUACUAUUUGGUCCACGUUUGCUUUACAGUAGUUCUAAGUAGUUUUAUAAAACUCUGUUACAUUUUAUGUUUGAAAAAAAAUUUUGUAAAUUUUAGUAAUUAAAUGAAUUUUACUAUAAAGAGCUUAUUUCAUACUUGAUAUUAGUUGCACCCUAAAUUCAGGCUGGAUUUUUCAGGGUUGUCUCCUAUUGCAUAACCUGACAAGAACCUAAUUCAUGUUAAACAUAAUUUAGUUGGAUGAUGUUACUUAUAUCACAUUUUUUUGCCCAAUUCAUCUGUGUUCAUAAAUUUUGUGUUGUGAGUUUUAGCAACCUAUACUGGUUAUUACUAUGUUGCAUAUUUUUAUUUUUAUUUUUUUCAAUGAAAUACUCUUACAGCAAGUGUCCAUAAGUAUUUUGCCAGUUAAGGCAAUCACAAUUAAAUUAUGUUGACACCUCAACCAACAACUUGAUUGCUAUUGAUUAGGUGUGUCUGUUUGUUUGCAAAUCUUAAUUUUACGGAAUAUUAUUUUUGAAAUAUGUGAUUGUCUAUCUAUGUAGCCUAAAAGUUAAUAUGAGAAAAAAAUAAGUCAUGUUUGGUUUAAAUAAUUCAGACACAAAGAAAAUUUAUAAAAAUAGUGUUUCGAUAUGUUUAGUUUUUGAAUAUACUCUUUAUAUCUUAAAAAGAUUUUAUUUUUACUGAUGUCCAGAAUUGGCAAAAGUGGGCGACUUGUUGAAUGGAUUCUCCUAUAUAUUUUUUAAUACCUUUGAAAUUCUUUUGAGAGCUUUCUUUUGUAACAUUUUUGUGUUUCAAUUAAAAGUUGGUUGUAUUUGUUAUAUUUUUACAUUUGAAAUUAUGAAAUUUAACUGGUUCCCCCUACUUAUUUAAUUAAGAUAAUUAUUACCAAUAUUGUUCUCCUCUUUCAUUAAAUAAAUUAGUUUACCUAAAAAUACUGAGACAUGUUUGUGUAUAAUACGUGAAUUUUAAUAAAAUAAUUUACCAAAUUAUCUGAUAAUUUUUGUCACGAUAUUUAUGUAUUUUAUUUCUGUCAUAGCCCAUUUUAAAGUGGAUGAAUUGUCAUUGUUUUGUAUAGUCUGUUAAACAUUGGUCGAUAAAUUGGCUACUCUAUGUACAUAUAUAUUUAUCUUGUAUAUAUAUAUUGUUUUGUAAAUUUAUUUCUACCCUUAGAUUGAUUUGGAAUUAUUAAAUAAAUAUACACUGGACCAUUUUCGUGUAGAAAAGUAACUUGUUUUUCACUCAUUUAAAGGUAGAUAGCUUGGGAUCUAAGGCAUUGAAUUGUGGCAAAUUAAUUUCUUUCUCUUUGGUGUCUAAUCAAUCACUUGAUCAAAACAGCAGUAAGACUUAAAACAAUGUUGGUUGCUUUCAAAAAUCAAAGUUUAAAUGUUUUUGAUAAAACGUUUGUAUAUUCUACAACAUUAGUAGUGAAAUUUAAUUUAUUACCGACAUUUUUUAAAUAAAGUUCACGUAUGUUUCCUGAAAUCAGUUAAAACUGAAUUUGUUGAAUCAAGUUUUAAAAUUGAUGAGUUAAUUUCAGACAGGUGAACAAACAUAAUUUUAGUUAAUACUUCAAACUAAUUUUUCUUGCAUUUUAAAUUUACAAAUUGUCAAAAUUUCUUUACAGAGUUAAAGAUAAGUUAUAGUUAAUAUCCUAAGAUUUGUUUUGCAAACCUUUUCAAUCUUAGUGGCUCAUCCCGAGGAUGAAUUGGCUCAUUUACCAUUUCUCUCACCUUUUGAACUGUCAUAGAUUUGUUUUUAAGACUUAGUUUUGCAGUUCUCAUCAAUAGGUAAAAGAGUGAUUGUGUAGUUGUAUAUAACAGACUAUUUUUGUAAUUAAAGUUUCUUAUACGUUAAGGAUUUACACAUGUGUUGUACCAGGACAUAUCGUUUACAAGGUGGCAGUGGACUAGUGACGUUUGUCAUCAAAGGAAAUGGUAAAUGAGAAGUCUUACGGCUCAGUUAUACACUUAUACUUAUUAGAUAUAAUUUAAUUAACGGAACAACGUUCGUACUUUGGUUCCAUUAGGUGAUCUCUGUAUGUGCGUUCCCUAUUUCGCCUUUGAAUCGAGUAGUGAUUUGUAAAUUAUGUAAAUUUAAAACUAUUUGUUAGGUUAUUUAUAUAUAUAUUUGUAACUAUCGUUUAGUCCUAAAUUAAGAAUUUUUAUUUUCCUGUUAACCCGCAUCCACUACAGGAUAAGCUUUAUGUGAUAGGUUUUAACGAAUCAAAACGUCUCGUGUUUGGUGCAAAAAUAAACUUCUGUGAAGAGUUUUCAGUUCAGAGUUUUCAUAGUUGUAAUCCGCGUGGUAUUUAUUUUACUGUAUAUUUCAUACGUAUUCGUGUUACUAUGUAAGUCCGAUGCGGAUACAUUUUGUAAAAUACAAAUACUAUUCACUAUCCUGUAUCCCAAUGACUUAGUAUUAAUAAAUAAUUACAAUUUUGUGAAAUAUUUAAUUGAACUGUUGCAUUAAGAUUUUUUUCUAUGCAUGAAUUUAGGAGCUUCGGAAUAUAUGAGGCUUGAUUUGCAAAAUAUCGCUUGAAAUUGAAUGAAAAUUUGUUGCUUAACUUCACUGAAAUUUAUUUUUCCAGCAAAUCAGCUGUCUGCUGUGUGCAGACGACACAGUUGUAUAUACUGACACGGAUCAGCUGUUCCCGGGGUGUGAUCCCGGAUAACAAACUUGUAAUUAUUCGCUAGUUAAUCGAUUAUCUGCUGAUUGUUUCGUAACUCAGAACUGAAAAGUGUUGUAGGGUUUUUCUUUUAUUUACCAAACAGUUUAUGUUUUAAGUAAAUUUUCUUUUAGAAAACCAAAUAUUUAUAUCGGAUGAUCCGUACUCUAUCGUGUUUCAUAAUUGUAACUAUUUUAUAUAAGUUCUUGCAUACGUUCAUUCUGGCGGAAUAAAUUUAUUUACUGCUGUA